AUGACAGCGAAGGCUGCACAUCUCGAGCUCGUUACCAACUUAACCACAGAGGCUUUCAUCGGUGCGUUAAAAAGGUUUUGGGCAAAACGUGGAUUCCCCCAGCACAUCUAUUGCGACAACGCAACAAACUUCACGGGUGCUGAUCGUGAAUUGAAACGGUUGAAACGGCAGUUCGAGUCUCAACAACAUAAAACUGCAGUUAUCAAUGAGUCAUCUCGUAUUGGCAUCGAAUUUCAUUUCAUUCCUCCACGGUCACCGUCGUUUGGAGGACUUUGGGAAGCGUGCGUCAAGUCGACAAAGGAAAUUCUGAAUAAGGUGUCUAUGGAUGUUCGGCUCACUUACGAAGAGAUGCUAACUACACUAGCCCAGGUGGAAGCCUGCCUAAAUUCGCGACCUCUCUCGCCGAUGUCUAGCGAUCCCAAUGACAUGCAGCCUCUAACUCCAGGCCACUUCCUCAUUGGUGGUCCGCUUGAAGCAAUACCUGAACCCGAUCUCCAGCAUAUUCCUUGCAACCGCUUGUCACGGUGGCAGAGAAUGCAGCGCAUGUUCCAAGAAUUUUGGUCCAGAUGGUACAAGGAGUACUUGCCAACUCUUCAAAAACGCUACAAAUGGCCAAGCCCCAAGUCCAACUUAUCAGUUGGAGACAUGGUGCUGUUACAUGAGGAUAAUCAACCGCCAUUCAAAUGGCCAAUCGCACGAGUCACAAAGGUCAUUACAGGAGAAGAUGAAAAGGUACGAGUUGCUGAAGUGAUGCUCGACGGAAAUGUCACUUACCGUCGCGGCAUCCACAAACUAUGUCCGUUACCCAAGCCACAGGUGGAUGAACCUUGCACAGCGUCUAGUCCACUACACACUGAGUCAUCAUAA